CAGUUAGCAGACAUAAGCGAAACAAUAACAGUUGGUGGCUACUUCGUGUCCAAAUCCUUCCCAGGCAAGUUGCGUCUUGAGCGCGUUUUGGCACGUCCAGCUCGAUACGGCACAGGAGUGGCCAGAGCCGAAAGCGGCGAUUCAGCUCAGAUUUCAUCUCAGCUGGCGGGGAGAAAGACCGAGAGAGAUAGAGAGGGGCUGUCGGUGUCCCUCCUCCCAAAUCCAGAAAAGCUUACCAAGGAAAAGGAGGAGUGUCGGGGCUGAGACAGACGCGGGGGAACCAGAGGAAUUUCCGAGGAUAUUUUCGCUUCUUCUUCUUCCCCCUCCCCUCUUGAUAUCAAAAUCUAAAAGUUGGAGGGGCGGCAGCUGGGACCGUGUUCAAGGAUGGACGAGCAGCCUCGACUGAUGCACUCUCACGGGGUAGGCAUGGCCGGACACCCCGGCCUGGCGCAGCAUAUGCAGGAUGGCACGGCGGGGACGGACGGAGAGGGGAGAAAGCAGGACAUCGGAGACAUAUUACAGCAGAUAAUGACCAUCACAGACCAAAGCUUAGACGAGGCGCAGGCGAGGAAACAUGCACUCAACUGCCACAGAAUGAAACCUGCUCUCUUCAACGUGUUGUGUGAAAUUAAGGAGAAAACAGUGCUCAGUAUCCGUGGUGCGCAGGAGGAGGAGCCUCCAGAUCCCCAGCUGAUGAGACUGGACAACAUGCUGCUGGCAGAGGGCGUGGCCGGGCCGGAGAAGGGUGGUGGGUCUGCAGCUGCGGCAGCUGCCGCCGCCGCCACGGGUGGCGUUGGUGCUGACAACUCAGCCGAACACUCUGACUAUCGGGCGAAGCUGUCUCAGAUCCGGCAAAUCUACCACACAGAGCUGGAGAAAUAUGAACAGGCGUGCAAUGAGUUCACCACCCAUGUGAUGAACCUGCUGAGGGAGCAGUCUCGAACACGACCCAUCUCGCCCAAAGAGAUCGAGCGCAUGGUCAGCAUCAUCCACCGCAAGUUCAGCUCCAUCCAGAUGCAGCUGAAACAGAGCACCUGCGAGGCCGUCAUGAUCCUGCGCUCACGCUUCCUUGAUGCCAGACGAAAGAGGAGGAACUUCAACAAACAAGCAACAGAGAUCCUAAACGAGUACUUUUACUCUCACCUCAGUAACCCGUAUCCCAGCGAAGAGGCCAAAGAGGAGCUGGCCAAGAAAUGUGGCAUCACUGUGUCACAGGUAUCAAACUGGUUUGGGAACAAGAGAAUCCGAUACAAGAAAAACAUAGGCAAGUUUCAGGAAGAGGCCAACAUGUAUGCGGCAAGGACCGCAGUCAAUGCAACCAGUGUGUCGGCUCACGGCAGCCAGGCCAACUCCCCAUCAACUCCCAAUUCAGCAGGUUCUGCUGGCUCUUUUAACAUGUCAAACUCCGGAGACUUGUUCAUGAGUGUGCAGUCCCUCAAUGGGGACUCAUACCAAGGGGGGCAGGUUGGGGCCAACAUACAAUCCCAGGUGGAUACCCUUCGCCAUGUUAUCAGCCAGACCGGCGGAUACAGUGACAGCCUCGCAGCCAGCCAGAUGUACAGUCCACAGGGCAUCAACGUAAGACCUACAAACGGUGGCUGGCAAGAUGCUCCGACUCCUUCAUCAGUGACAUCGCCCACAGAAGGACCCGGAAGCGUUCAUUCAGAUACUUCCAAUUGAAUAUGUACAUCUCUACUCCUUACCCACAGAAAACAAAAACAAACAAAAAAACUAAGAAAAGAAAAAAGACCACGGACUGAUGUCGCAUUUAAAGGAAUUCGCUGCUCUACAGUUUGGCGAAGUCCUGUGAAAUCCUAACCAGAAAAAAUGAAAUUCUGUUUCUCUGCUUCUAAAGGUCGGACUUUUGGGAUACAAAUGAGAAGUUUCACAGUAAAAAGUCAAUAUAAAUUGCAAUGAUUCAAGAGUUUGUACAGAUUUCACAUUAUAAUCAGAGGGCUGGGGUUACUUAUUCACUCAUUACGAUGAAAUGAAAUGUUAAACGAAUAAAGUCAUUGGUUUUAACUGAAAAUACUUCCUUCUACCUCUCAGCCACUAAGAAGAGUAGAAAAAACCAUCAGUGAUCAUUAUCUGUUUUUUUGUAAAAAUUGAACUUUUGUCUUUGCAAGCAAGAGGCACAUCUUCUUACUUACAUUUUGUUGUCUCUCACCUAUUCUAUGGUACGCCAUUUAGACUUAAAUAUUGCUCAGUUGUUUACAAUGUGUGCUUGACAAAAGUAUGUCCAUCUUUCCCCCCCUGUCUCCGACGAGUCAAAACUGAGUUCUGUUUGGAGAUUUUGCCUCUAAGGUAAACCUGUGAAGUAUGUUAUCUGUAAAACAAUAAAUAAAUACUUGUCAUCAAAUAAGACAAGCUUGACAUCAUUCAUUAAGAGGCAAAAGAUAUGGAGUUGUUUUUCAUAAUGUUGGCUCGGCUUCCUUUUAUCCUACCGGUAGAAAGGCAGUUGCAGGAAAAAGCUGAUUAACUGACAUAAUUUUGUCAAACUGUGGGUCUGGACAGGUGUUCAUUUUCUUCAUUAUCUCUUCAGAGGACUGUGACAGUGCCAAAACGCUCUUGCAACCAAAACAAGACAGUUUCAUUUAGUCAAAAAUUGAUUCUUCAUCAGCGUCCGCUUCAUCCUGAUUAGGGUCAACCCCAGCUAUCACAGGGCAAACCUGACCCAGUCGCCCAUUUAUCGCAGGGCCACAAACAAAGUCCUAAGGGGCUAGUUAGAGUCUUUAUUAAAAAAAAAAAAAUCCCCCUACUCUUUAUUUCUCUGUUCACCCCGUGAGCUUCUUUUGCAAAGAGGUGAUCCGGCAGUCAAGAAUUUCUGUUUGACAGAAAAGAUUCUCAAAAGAAAUAUUUUUUCUCGACGCAGAGGCACGUUAGUCAAAGAUGUCUGUAAUUGAGUUUCCAACAUAUAAAGCCACAAUUCACGUAAACAGGAAAGUCAUUACAGUAAUUGAGUCUUACUUGCUCACACAGAGGACUCUCGAUCCUGAUCCUGCAGCAGGUCUAGAGUUCUCUCGGAGCUUAAAGCUGGUCUUCGGUGUGAAGGAGACCGCUCUUGGCCAGUUUCUGCAGACGAUGCCCUCUGCGUUUGUUUAAUCUCCCUCCUACAGAGCAAAUACCCAAACAUAGAGUAAACUGAGACCAGUUUGGGUUUGAACCUGGAUCUUCAGGCUGGUAUCAUGAACAAAAUUUAACUGCAGCGCUUACGACUGGACAAGAUUUUUUUGUGAAAUGAAUUGAUGUGCAGUCCAACCUUGUUUAUAGUUCUUUUCUUUCCACAUUGUGGUUUAAUUGUUUUUGGGUUUGGUUAUUUUUAUUUUGAAUGCGUAAUGUAUGCUCCUUUUUCUUUUCCCCGCUGUUCUUGUGAAUUUGCUCCUGAGCUUUUAACAUGUGUUUUGUGCACCCUUGUGCUUCACUUGCUUUGUUGGAAAGAUUUCUCGACAUAUUAAAAUUAUAUAUAAUACAA